AUGUACCCCAGUUUUCUGCCUAAAAUGUUUUGGAAUGAUUCGGCCAAUUCCUCAGAAAGUGAAAAUGAAGCUCAUUCAGCUUUUACACAGACUGAACACAACAUAGUUGCCGCUUAUUUAAUAACAGCAGGAGUGAUAAGCAUUCUCAGUAACAUAGUUGUAUUAAGCAUCUUUGUUAAAUACAAGGAGCUUCGGACAGCCACAAAUGCAAUUAUUAUUAACUUAGCCUUUACAGACAUUGGAGUCAGUGGUAUUGGUUAUCCCAUGUCUGCUGCUUCAGAUCUGCAUGGAAGUUGGAAAUUUGGAAACACAGGAUGCCAGAUCUAUGCUGCCUUAAAUAUCUUCUUUGGAAUGGCAAGUAUUGGUUUGCUUACUGUUGUUGCAAUUGAUCGCUACCUGACAAUCUGCAGGCCUAAUAUAGGAAGAAGAAUGACUACCCACACCUAUACCAUGCUGAUCCUUGCUGCUUGGGUAAAUGCAGUUUUCUGGGCCUCAAUGCCUAUUGUAGGUUGGUCUAGCUAUGCUCCAGACCCCACUGGAGCCACCUGCACAAUCAAUUGGAGGAAAAAUGAUGCGUCCUUUGUUUCUUACACCAUGACUGUAAUCACUGUAAAUUUUGUUGUGCCUCUCUCAGUCAUGUUUUACUGCUACUUCAACGUUUCUCGAACAAUGAAACAAUACACUGCCAGUAACUGCCUGGAGAGUAUCAAUAUAGAUUGGUCUGAUCAAGUAGAUGUAACAAAGAUGUCUGUUGUGAUGAUCAUAAUGUUUUUGGUGGCUUGGUCUCCAUAUUCCAUUGUAUGCUUAUGGUCUUCCUUUGGAGACCCAAAGAAAAUUUCCCCUGUGAUGGCCAUCAUAGCACCUCUGUUUGCAAAGUCCUCAACAUUCUAUAAUCCCUGUAUUUAUGUCAUUGCAAACAAAAGGUUCCGGAGAUCAAUCUUGGCAAUGGUGCGAUGCCAGGCUCAGCAGGAGAUAACUAUUAACAACUCCUUGCCAAUGAAUGUGUCUCAAAGUCCAUUAAGAUAA